GAAUUAUUCACUGCUUAUAAUACGGAAUUUCACAAUACCCUUCUUGACAGAACUCUGACUAGAGUCGUAUCCCUGUGGCAUUUUUCACGUAACUCGUUACGCAAAUAUACGUAAAGAUGUCGGGAGGUUUAGAGGUCCUUAGCCUCAAAGAGGAGGAUGUUACCAAAAUGUUGGCCGCCUCCACCCAUCUGGGUACCCCAAACAUCGACUUCCAAAUGGAGCAGUACAUCUACAAGCGCCGUGCAGACGGAGUCCAUAUCAUCAACCUGCGUAAAACCUGGGAGAAACUCCUGUUGGCCGCCCGCGCCAUCGUCGCUAUAGAACAUCCCGCAGAAGUUUUCGUCAUCUCAUCUCGUCCGUUUGGACAGAGGGCGGUGUUGAAGUUUGCUGCACACACUGGCGCUACACCAAUUGCUGGCAGAUUUACUCCUGGCGCGUUCACGAAUCAGAUUCAGGCGGCGUUCCGUGAACCCCGCCUCCUGAUCGUCACCGACCCGGCGUUCGAUCACCAACCGAUCACCGAAGCGUCUUACGUUAAUAUCCCCGUCAUCGGGUUAUGCAACACCGAUUCGCCUCUGAGGUUCGUCGACAUCGGUAUCCCGUGCAACAACAAGGCGCCUCACAGCAUCGGCCUGGUGUGGUGGCUGCUCGCUCGCGAGGUACUGCGGCUGCGCGGAAUCAUCCCGCGGGAGACCAAGUGGGACGUCGUGGUCGAUCUGUUCUUCUACCGCGAGCCCGAGGAGGCGGAGAAGGAGGAGCAGGCCGCCAAGGAGGCGGUCGCGCCCGCCAAACCGGUCGAGGUGGCGCACGAAGCGCCCGACUUGGAAUGGAGUGCCGGCAACGAUCAGGAUUGGGCGGAACCGGCGGCCGCGGCGGCGCCUGUAGCCGCGGCCCCGUUCGCGCCCGCCCCCGCCACCGAAGAUUGGGCCACGGAAGUGGCGCAGGCGCAAGAACAGUGGACCGCCACGAAUCAGGCGGCAGCACCCGCCGCACAACCCAACUGGGGCGGUGCCAGCGGCUGGGAUUGAUUUUGUUUUACGCGUUUUGACGAAAUAAAGAACAGCCUUUA